UAAUAUUUAUUAAUAUGAGUGAAGCAGCAAUCUUGCAAAGCAAGAAGUCCGAGCCGCUGCCUCGGAGAAAACCAAAGAAAAUUAUCAUACCACGGCGAGCGCCUUCUAUCAUCAUACCUCCGAGGAGAGUGGUGUACAUCACAGCGGAUAAAACUACAUGCACUGAAUGUCCAUGUUACCCUAAAGAGGAGCCUUAUAUGAGAAACAAAAAGAUCAAUCCAUGUCGGAAAUCGCCUCCAACGCUCUACGAGCUGGCGGCUGACGCUGUUGAUGGACUGAAUUAUCCUCCAGCUUUGCUGUGGUCGGAGCAGCAGGUCGCCGAGUGGGUGGCUGGGCUAGGACUGCCUCAGUACCAGGGUUGUUUCCUCGUCAACCAUAUAGACGGUCUGAGGCUGAUGUUUUUUGAAAACCCAUCGCGCCUGCCCGAAGUGAACAUACACGACUUUGAGCAUAUACUGACGAUAACUCGAUCAGUAAGAAGACUGUAUGGGACUGAUUUCAUCAGAUUCUCGCGAAGCAUCGGUCUUCCAUUCAGACGACCUCUGACCUACUGCACUUGGUUUAAAUCCAGGACCGGUCCCAGCUGGGGUAUACGUCGCAAUUGGAACAGAUGUGAUCUUCUUCGCUGCAUGAAGAUAAUCAAACCUGUGCCGCCUAAUUUGGACCACUGGGAUCUAGUAUGGUAUCAAAGACCGGAUUUUCCCAAAACUCUAUUCGCGAGAAUACCUUACGACAGCAAUGCGUUUGAUUUGCCAACAUACGAACCGUCGAUGCAAAUAUGUCAAGAGUACACGGUACCAAGAAAAUUUCGCUUCCAAACCGGCAUAUCCGAAAGCGCUCAAGUAAUAUGGAUGGAGCAUCGACCAGGCUCACCAGAAACAACGGAGAAAGCAAAACCGAAGAAACUGAAGAAGCUCUGCGUGCCGAAGGACACGAGGCUGAUGCCGAAGAAAAUAGACAUCACCGGAUUGUCCGGAAAAGAUUUGUUACUGGCGAGGAGGAAGAUGGCGAAACCGAAAUUCUUAGCGAGUUAAUUUUAAAAAAUAGUAUCCUGUUUGAUCGGCAAAUUAUAGGUCAAAUUGCUUUUUUUCGCCUAAAUAAAAUUCAUUAACAAAUUAAUUUUUUUUAGGAGUUGUACCUUAAAAAUUAGUGUUAGCCCUUAUUAACAUAUUUAAUUUUAUUUUAGAAUCUCUUCCACAAGUUUCAAGUAUUAGUCAUUGGAAUGUCUAAAAAACGCGAUUCGUAAGUCUAUAUCGUUUAGAUGUUUGUGAUUGGUCGAGA